AGGAUUUGGUGGUGGUACCGGUGGAGGAGCUGGAGCUGGAGCUGGAGAAGUUGGUGGUGGUAACGUUGGAGGAAAAGGAGCUGGAGUUGGCGGCAGUGGUGUUGGUGUGGGAGCUGGCGGUGGUACCGGUGGAGGAACUGGAGCAGGAGUUGGCGGCAGUGGUGAUGGUGUGGGACCUGGCGGUGGUGCUGGUGCCUUGGGAGGAGCCGGCGGUGGAACUGGUGGAGGAUUAGGCGGAGGCGCCAGUGGAGGUCACUGAGGGUUUGUUAUGUGCAGGAGCUAAAUCCCAUGCAAAUAUAUAUGUUUUCAUUUAUAUUCUAACUAAUAUAUAUACUAAACGUUAAAUAUGAUGGAAUAAAUGAUAUGUACGUCGUUUCUCUUUAAUUUUCCCUUUCAAAUGAUUGUAUCUUUGCUAAUUCGAGUAAGUUGGCUGAAUAAUAACAUGCGUUCACAGGUUU